CUUUUUAUUAAUUUCUGUCUAACAGUAAGUGUUAAUAUAUUUAAAGAAGCUUAUUGCCAGGAAAAACUCAAAGAUCACAUUUUAAACGGCUUCAUCAUUGCAAUAUGGCACUGUAAAUAAUUGUUUGGCGCUGUCGGAACUGAAGUAUUGCGUGUACUACUCGAGAGGUGUGGUGUUUUUGCUGUGAAUUUCUGGUAUUAGACAAGAAAGACCAUCGGAUUUUCGUGCUGUGAAGUUCGCAAUGUCUUCGGGGAGACCAAUUAAAUGUGUUGUGGUCGGAGACGGAACGGUGGGAAAAACGUGUAUGCUGAUAUCUUAUACAACAGACAGCUUUCCCGGAGAAUACGUGCCCACCGUGUUUGAUAACUAUUCUGCACCUAUGGUUGUGGAUGGUAUUCCAGUCAGUUUAGGAUUAUGGGACACCGCUGGCCAAGAAGAUUAUGACAGAUUGAGGCCAUUAUCUUAUCCUCAGACAGACGUAUUUUUAAUUUGCUUUAGUGUGACAAGUCCUUCUUCCUUUGAGAAUGUCACUUCAAAAUGGUACCCAGAGAUAAAACACCACUGUCCAGAUGCACCAAUGAUAUUAGUUGGAACCAAAAUUGAUCUCCGUGAUGAUCGUGAAACUCUGACAGCUCUUGCAGAGCAAGGCCUGUCACCUAUUAAGAGGGAACAGGGACAGAAAUUAGCAAAUAAGAUCAGAGCAGUAAAAUACAUGGAAUGCUCAGCUCUAACACAGCGUGGACUCAAACAGGUAUUUGAUGAAGCAGUUCGUGCUGUAUUACGACCAGAACCUCAGAAAAGACGCCAAAGAAAAUGUGCUAUACUGUAAAAAUUAAGAACAAAAGAACUAUAUAUACAGAAGUGUGUAACUCGAUUACACUUAAGUCACUGAAGUCUGCCACUGGAAGACUGCCUCUUCAUCCAGCACCUGCAUUUUAAGAAUAUGUGAAGAGUAUGACUGAAUUAUAUGACCAGUGGGACAAAAAAAAAAACCAUUGUGUUCAGAAACAACUUUUUGGUUUAUACAAGUGAUUUGUAUUUGCAAAACUUGAACUGCUUAGACUAAAGUUUUAUUUUUGCUGUUUUACAGGGUGAUCUUCUCUGUAGCUCAGGAAUUUUAAAGUGAAUGUAAUACUUAUAGGUUAGUGAAAACUGUUUGAAACGCAAAACUACAAGCUUUGCAUGUUCAUUAAUUUUCUCUCUUUUUUUUUUGUGCUCUAUUCCUUUUUGUAUGGGUGAAGAAGGGUGAUGCAUAGCGGUUACAAGGAGUAGUAAAUCAUUAUUUACAUAAAUGAAUUACUGUGCCUCAUACCAGCAUCAAGAUUGAGACAAAUAAAUUUCCACAAUAACUUGUGUAAUGUUUCAACUACUACUUUAAAUUAGAUGAUUGAAGUCAGUAUUUAAGUGAUAGGUGAUCACUGCUGUUGUAUAGUUACAGAAAUUUUGUAAAGAAAAUGUGUUUGAUAUGCCACUGGCAGUUCUUUCCUCCGAUUACAGUAUGUUCUUUGUGAACCAGAUCCCAUUGUUUUCAUGAUGGAUCACUCUUUUGGAUGGCUUACAUUACAGAUUAGAUUAUCAUCAUGAAAGUCAUAUUUUCUCUUACUAAGCUUGUUAAUCGCAGAUAAGAGUGACAAUAGAUCUCACAGUUUUUAUUCUCUUUAAACCCUUUGCAUGAGAUGUUCUAUAAUAAAUUUCUCAGUUCCAUUUUUACGCAAUGGGACUUGAUGUUUACCACUGUUUGCCGUCCGUGAUCACUGUACCUAGUUUGGCACCCAAAUUGAUUAGAGUUCACAUUAUUUCAAAUAAUCUUUUUGUAUGAUGGAAAUUUCUACCGUAAAUCAUAUAUCACAUUGGCAUUUGGGGGUUUUGUCACACAAUAUGUGACGCUGUGGCUAGUGCAAUAGAAACAUUAGCAGAAUCUCACUUCAUGUGUUGUCUUCAUGAUAAUUGUCUGUGUCAUGCCUUAAUAUCUUUGUUUCCUACUUUGUAUAAAGUCUGAAUCAUAUUGUCAAAUAAUUGAAGAAAUUCGCGCAACAUCAAAGAUGGAAGGAGUAGAUGAACAUACGUGACCUCUUUUCAUGGAGUCAUAAUAAUAGUAGGUCUUCUAAAGUUUAGGAACAGAAACAGUGCGGCAAUGAAAGUAUUCUAAGAAAUUUUAUGUACCUAAUGUUUUGAAUUUCUUUACUUUUGUUAUGGAAGACUUCAUUGUUGAAGUAGUAAAGAAAACCUUGUGGCUGAAUUAUUAUUGUAUUGUAGUUAUUGAAGACAAAGAUAUGUAACUGUUUGUAGUGUCAUACCUUUGUAUAAAUAAAGAUG